AUGGCUACCAACGGAUCAUUCGCCAACCAGGACCAGUACAAAUCCGCCGAGCAGCCGGCCGUUUCAACGGGUCCGGCUGACGCGAGCGCUUCUGGAAACAACCUUUCCAAGGAUGAGGUCGGCUGGUACUUUGUUGAGCAAUACUACACUACCCUGAGCAAAUCACCAGAGAAGCUGCACCUUUUCUACGGUAAGCAGUCUCAAUUCGUUUCCGGACUCGAGACCCAGGUUGCCAACGUCUCGGUUGGCCGUCAGGCAAUCCAAGAGCGCAUCAAGCAGCUUGACUUCCAAGACUGCAAAGUCCGAGUGUCCAAUGUCGAUUCGCAAGCCUCAUUUGACAACAUUGUCAUCCAGGUCAUCGGCGAAAUCUCAAACAAAUCUGGCGAGCCCAAGAAAUUUGUGCAGACUUUCGUUCUUGCCCAGCAGCCCUCUGGCUACUUCGUCCUCAAUGACAUGCUCCGAUACAUCAGCGAAGAUGAGGAGGAACAGGUUGUUGCCGAGGCUGAGCAGGAAGCCCCUGCCGCCGAGCCGGAGGUCUCUGCUCCUGAGGUGCCCGUUGACGCCGCGCCUGAGUCCGUCGAGGAGGAUGUGAAGGUCGAGCCUGUCAACGCCGAAGAGGUGGACCAGAAGCUUGAAGAGGCUUCCAAGGUCAACGGUACCGAUGCUGAGGAAGCUGCCGAGGCUGCAGAGGCCACCGUUGCUGAGCCGGAGAAGCCCGCUCCAGCUGAUCUUGAGACCGCUGCUAAAGAAGUUGCCGAGGAAGAGGCUAAGGAGGUUGCUGAGCUGCCCAAGGAGCCAAGCCCUACUCCAGCCAACAAGGCCGUUGCUAAGCCUGAGGCUGCUGCUCCUGUCGAGCCCGCUGCUCCUAAAAUGCCAAUGACCUGGGCUAGCCGCGCUGCUGCCGCUGCCGGCCCGCGACCAGUCGUUCCUCUUCCCAAGACCGCCACUCCUCCAGCUCCAGUCCAGAACAGAGCUCCCGCACCCGCUGCUGCUGCAGCUCAACCUAGUGCUGCGGCUGCUGCACCGGCAUCUGCCCCUGCUGCUGAGGCUGCUAAGGAAGUUUCUGGAUGGCAGACUGCUGGCGCUGAUUCCAAGCGUCAAAACCGACCUCAGUCUAUUGCUGCGAAUGCCGAGAAGGAGGGCACAAUGGGUUACGUCAAGUACGUUACGGAGAAGGUCCAGGAUGCCGACCUUCGAAGUGCUCUGGCCGCUUUUGGCGAAUUGACUUACUUCGACAUUAACCGUGCUAAGAACUGUGCCUUCGUUGAGUACAAGACUGUUGAGGGCUACCAAGCUGCUCUGGCCGGCAAGAACCUUACCGUUAAUGGCGAGAACAUUGUUGUCGAGCCCCGACGACCCAAGGCCAACACCUACGGUGGUAACUUUGGCGCUGGCCGUGGAAAUGCCUCGGGUCGUGGCCGUGGUGGCUUUGAUGGUAACCGCCCUGGCGGCCAGAAUACUAGAGGCAACUUCCCUGGACAGGGCCGUGGCCGAGGCGGUGCUGCCCGUGGUCGUGGAGGUGCCCAAACCGCCAACGUCUAG